GAGUUGGAGACACUGAGGUCCACUGCAGCCUGGGUGUGCCCUGCUCCUCUUCAGGAAGUGAAGACAAGCCAGUGUCCUUGGUUGGCGCUCAGAAGUCCUUCUGGUGUUCUCACCCAGACAUUCUGAAGAUGGAGCGGUCUACCCAGGAGCUGUUUAUCAACUUCACAGUUGUCCUGAUCACUGUUCUCCUUAUGUGGCUCCUCGUGAGAUCCUACCAAUACUGAGGGGCCAUGCCACACCCAAGAGUGACUGCCGUGUGCUCCGAGCCUCCACUGCUCUAUUGACACAGGAUGCUGCUCUCUGCUCCUCCAGCAUCUCUGACCCUCACUCACGAUGCCCGACACACCGUUGUACUAGGUCCUUGGCAUGUUUUCCAAAGAUGCUAUUCUUGUAGGCUGCCCAAAGCUUGCCAGCCAGUGAGGCUUAGUUUUGUUUCCUAGCAAAUGUACUAUUCAAACCACCGGGUUAAAAUUAAACUGGAUUCUUAUGAUGCGGAGUAACAACAAGAUGUUGGUCUGUGUCUACACACCUCCCCCAACUCACUCUCUGCCAUCAAACUAAUCCAAGCCUUCGGAAGAAAUGUAGGAGGCAGUCUCUGCCAGUCCUUUGA